UUUAUUCCAUUACUCUUUACUCUUGCAGAUGUUCACAUUGGUGCAUCUUUUGUACUUUAAAGGACGGUAUAUACUGUACAAUUGACAAUUUCACUCUUACCAUUUUCAGUUUGCAUUCAAAAAAGGCGAAAAAAGGCAAUGAACGACAACACUGGGGUCGGUGGUGGAAAACUGUCAAGCACAGGUGGUCCCGGUGUCCUGUGUAAGGUUUGUGGUGAUCGGGCCUCGGGCAAACACUACGGUGUUCCUUCCUGCGAUGGUUGCCGUGGUUUCUUCAAGCGCAGCAUCCGUAGAAAUUUGGAGUACGUGUGCAAGGAAGGUGGCAAAUGUGUGGUGGACGUAUCAAGACGGAACCAAUGCCAGGCCUGCCGAUUUGCCAAAUGUCUGCAGGCGAACAUGCGCCGAGAAGCGGUCCAGCAUGAACGAGCACCAAGGAACUGUACACCGCUGACUGCCACCGUUAAUGGUCUUUCCGCGCAUGGCGAUUACUACGCAUCCCGGACAUCGUUUGCAUUACCCCAGACGAACCUAUUUUUCCCGCUUCCAUUGCAUAUCACGGCGGCAUCGGCUUCCGGUCCAUUUGCACCGCUUACCGAUCCGACCCGUUUCCUUUCGCCGUACGCAGCUCAAUCGCUUGCAGCUGCCGCAGCCAGUUCUACCAGCUUCGAUCACUUUGCAUCACCAACGACAAGGAACACAACACCGACGGCAUUUCAACCCACAGGUUUACCGCCAGGGUCGGGGCUAAUUCAGGUACCGGUCCCAUUGCCAGCUUCUACGGUGGUGUCCAAAUCGGGUCUGUCGAGCGAAGGAAACCAGCUUACCACUGCCACCAUUACAGAGUCUAUGUUCAAUAGUAUCACCGGAGACUCGCUGGCCCUGCCGGCGCCACCGCCAAUCCAUUCGAUUAGUUCCAUACUGAGCCUCAGCUCGGCCAAGGAGAAUGAAGUUAGCAGCACGGGUGAAGAAAGUCCCCCACGGUCGGGUGGUCAACAACAGUACCAACAUCAGCUAUUAUUUUCCCCGGCAGAAACAGUAGGCCCGGUACACGGUGGAAAAAGCGAAACGGACAUGCUGCUGGAGUCGUCCGCCAAGCUGCUGUUUCUGGCGGUAAAGUGGGCAAAAACAGUGCCAUCGUUUCUUCAACUACCGGCCAACGAUCAAAAGCUGCUGCUCGAGGAAGCAUGGGCAGAAUUGUUUGUCAUCACUGCAGCACAAUGGGGACUGCCGAUCGACAAUGAUUUCAUCGUUAGGAAUCCACAGGCCGUAAAGCUGCAGAGUGCCAUUCAGCAGUUCGGAAUCGCAAGAGUUGACUAUCGGGAAGCGGCCUGUCUGAAAGCGCUGGUACUUUUCCGACCUGAUCAGCCCCGGUUAUAUGCAGCCCACGAGGUUUUGCUGCUCCAAGACCAAACCGUUGCACUGUUGCACGAAAAGUGUGGUGGUGUACGACUGGGCCAUCUGCUAUUGUUGCUUCCGGCCAUUAAGGCAGCGGCUAACGCGAAAGUUUUACAGGAGAUGCUGUUCCGCAAGACCGUCGGUGAGGUGGCAAUCGAACGGUUAUUGCUUGAUCUCAUGAAAACAUAACGCCUAGAGGCAUAAUCUUUGUUUGGAUGUAGUCAUUUCUCUUAAAUACAAUUAGGUAUAGAUAGUAGGUUCAUGUAUAUGAGAGGCAGAAAAUCUGUUGAAGAAAUUCUCAUGCAGUGUUUAGUGUGUUCCUUAGAUUGAUAGUAAAGCAAUAUUGUGCAGAUCUUCAAUAUUCUUCAUACAUGAAAAUUAAAGUUCAUUGUGAGAUGACAAAUCACUUGUACGUUGAAAGCAAAAUAAAAGUGUAUAGAAGAAGACAAA